GGCCGCUGUGGCUGGCCUGGAAUGCACGAGGUAUGUUGUAGCGCAGGUGGUUGGCUCUGUGACACCAAGUCUCCGAUCAAUGACAGAUGUCAAGAUAAGACGGGUAGGCUGUUACAGGCAUGGGUUUCAUGUGUAUUGAAGUUUGUUGCUGCUAUACUCUAUGUUGCCGGUGUAUGUAUGCAUAACGAAGAUCUUUGCAAGGAGAGUAAGGGAGGCUGGUACGUGUAAAGAUAGUUGGUAUAUAUCUGGGGAUAUAGCCGGUGGGUGCAGGGACGGGUAACGGCCUAGAAGCGCCGAAUGUAGAGUGUACUGUAGUCGAGC